UACAGGAACUUGUAUUCAGCAGCAGACGGGGUUUUUGUAUCAGUCUAUUUCACUGUGUGGUACAUCUUUGGCUCUGGAACUAAACUGUUUGUAACAGAUAAGCAGGUGGUGGAGCCCGUGGUGAGCGUGUACCUGGCAGCAUCGAGAGCCCAGCUGGAGGAGAAGAGCUCUCUACUGUGUGUGGCCUCAGCCAUGUUUCCUCCUCUGGUCCAGAUCUCGUGGAAAAAACAGAAAGGGAGCGGUCCUCUGCAGGAUGCGCACCCUGCUAAGGCGAAGCGGCAGGAGCUGAGGGAGUCGGGGUGCAGCGCCUCCAUCUUGACGAUCCCUCAGAGAGAUUACAGCACCUAUAAAUACCUCUGCUCAGUGCAGCAUGAGGGGGGCACAGUGAAUGCUCAAACAGGAACAGAGGUCCCAGUUCCUACGACCUCCAGUCCUCCAGAGAGAGAGCCGACAGACCUGCCAACUCUGCAGCCGACUGACAAUCCAGCUUCUAGCUCAGCAGCCCAGCCACCUACAGCCAAACCAGCCUUACAGGACGCAGGAGAAGGAGUGUCCUUUCAGUCUCAGUGCAAGGUGAAGCUGCUGACGCUGCUGUACACGGUGCUGAUACUGAAGAGUCUGGUGUACUGCUGUGGACUCUCUCUGCUGAGGAUCUUCAGAAACAACAAACCGUCCAUCCACUGAACAUGUGCUGACUGAUUGUCUUCUGACGUUAUGUGCCGUAGUGUUUUUGUAGUUUUUAUGAAAGAAGCUUGUUUGUGAAAAAGUAAAGCUCUAUGCUGAUGACACUGUGUUUUUUGUACAUAAAUGAAUGUACUGCUACCUUUAUCAUUUUAUUCCAUUUCCAGCUUUUAUCAGCAGUCCAAAAUGUUGUCUAAGAAGUCUAAUACCUCAAUCUUGUGGUUUAUCUUCUUACUCCUGUAGAUCACACAUAUUUAACAAAAAUGAAAAUGAUUCAAGCAGAUUAUCAACUACAUCACCGGGCUUAACAUCCAGAUAAUCAGGCUUUUAUUGAAUUUAGUCAGAAGGGGGGAAUCGGGCCCAAAAUCGCCCUGAUUAUCUUGUUGUGUGUACCCCACUUAAUGUUACAUAUAUAACACAAACGUCUAUCAGAUUGUAUCGUAUAUAGAAGGAAUUUGUCUUGGUGUUAUUGGUGCAUUAUUGUUUAUAAAACUCACAGAAACAGCAGUACUGCUACUGUCAAGAAGUGUAGAACUACUGUUACAUACCAGCAUAAAUAUAUAGCUAAAUUAAAUAAAAGAGUAAAAGAUGUGUCUUUGGUGUAUGAAAGGAGCUGUAAGUGUUUCUUUUUCUUUUUAAAUAAAAGUCUGUGUUUUUAAGGAUUUCAUUUAGCUUCACAAUAAAUAUGUAAA